UGCUUUGGGGCUUAGGCGAGCAGCUCCCGGACGUUGCCUCGCGAGUUCCUUUUUGCCGUAAAGGAAGAAGCGGACGGUUCCUGCGAGAGCGGCGGGCUCCGUCGCUGCUGGGUUGGCUCGUCCGGUGACGGACUGAACUGCGCAGAUGACAGCUGUUUUGUCUGCUAGUAUGGCCAUAGCAUCACGAAGGGCUGUGUUGUCGAGGACUGCAUGGGCACGUUUGGCAGCUUUCACCAAGCAAGUUCUGUCUCCUAAUGCAUCUGUAUUUUGUGCUUGUCCCAAAUCUACAUAUUCAGCUCUUCCUGAUGACUAUAACUGCAAAGUGGAACUUGCUGUGACAUCGGAUGGAAAAACUAUUGUUUGCUAUCACCCUUCAGUGGACAUUCCAUAUGAGCACACAAGGCCCAUUCCACAACUAGAUCCACUGGAUUAUAGAGAAGAAACACAUGAUCAAAUGCUGAAAUCUAGAUUGGAUGGAAAGAACUUCAAGAACCAGCAAGGUCCUAUGAUUGAGGAACUUAGUAAAAUGUUUUACACAACAAAGCACCGCUGGUACCCUGUGGGACAGUACCACACUAGACGCAAGAAAACCAAUACCCCUAAAGACAGAUGAACACCAUGUUUGUCACCUUGUUGUUGCUGUCGGGGCAAGCGACUACUUAAGUGGAUGAGAUUGCUUUGAAAGUGUAUAUAUAUGUUAGGUUGUCAUUAAAGUACUUUUCUAACUCAAA